AUUCCGGGAGUUCUUGAACGCAGCAAGUCUGCCUCAGCUGAACGGUGACUGUACACAUUCAAGAUGGCCGCUGCGAUGGACGACGAAUUUGAAGACGCACCUGAUGUGGAGCCUUUAGAGCCGACUCUGAAGAACAUAAUCGAACAGAAAUCCCUGAAAUGGAUCUUCGUUGGUGGGAAAGGUGGUGUCGGUAAAACCACCUGCAGCUGUAGUUUGGCCGUCCAGUUGGCUGCCGUCAGAGAGAGCGUCCUCAUCAUAUCCACAGAUCCUGCCCAUAACAUCUCUGAUGCUUUUGACCAGAAAUUCUCGAAGGUGCCUACUAAAGUUAAGGGCUAUGAAAACCUCUUUGCAAUGGAGAUCGACCCGAGUCUGGGCGUCGCCGAACUGCCUGACGAAUUCUUCGAGGAGGACAACAUGCUCAGCAUGGGCAAGAAAAUGAUGCAGGAAGCCAUGAGUGCUUUCCCUGGCAUUGACGAGGCCAUGAGCUACGCAGAGGUCAUGAGGCUAGUGAAAGGAAUGAACUUCUCAGUUGUGGUGUUUGACACUGCGCCGACCGGCCACACGCUGCGUCUGCUCAACUUCCCCACCAUCGUGGAGCGAGGGCUGGGUCGCCUCAUGAAAAUUAAGAACCAGAUCAGCCCCUUCAUUUCUCAGAUGUGUAACAUGCUUGGUCUGGGUGACAUGAAUGCAGACCAGCUGGCGUCCAAACUGGAGGAAACUCUACCAGUCAUUCGCUCUGUUAGUGAGCAGUUCAAAGAUCCUGAACAGACGACCUUCAUCUGUGUUUGUAUCGCCGAGUUCCUGUCGCUCUACGAGACGGAGCGGCUGAUCCAGGAACUGGCCAAGUGUCGCAUCGACACGCACAACAUCAUUGUCAACCAGCUGGUUUUCCCCGAAGCAGAGAAGCCUUGCAAGAUGUGUGAAGCCCGCCACAAAAUUCAGUCCAAAUAUUUAGACCAGAUGGAGGAUCUUUAUGAAGAUUUCCACAUAGUUAAGUUACCGCUGCUGCCUCAUGAAGUUCGAGGUGCCGAGAAGGUCAACACGUUCUCGAAGCAGCUUCUGGAACCAUACAAACCCCCAAACAAGUGAUCUCUCACUUGUCGGACCUCUUCUCAACCGCCCCCUAACCCUCCUGCCCCCUCCUCUUCCCUCCAAGUCUGUAGACAAAACACUUCGACAGUCUGAACGCGCCUGCUCCGAGUUUUCCCACCC